AUGCCCUUUGUCCUCGCGUCCACACGUUCCUUAUCAUUUUGUUUCUGGUCCAAUGUUAGGGACCGCAUGCUUUGUCUUGAUUGGCAGGUCUUUGUGCAUAUCUCUUCAAUGCACUUUUCCAACAAUACAGCACAUUUCAACUCUGUAAGUUCAAUAUCAGCCAUGGGCUCAGGAACAAAGCGUGAACUCUCCGAUGAACAUGAACAAUCCAGCUCAAAGAGGCAGUGUGUAGAGGGCGCUUUAUAUAAUCCGGAUCCCAAUUGGCCCCAACGUCAAUACGCGCAAACUGGAUCGAGUGGCUCUAGUCAGCCACAUGAAGCGGAAUACGGGGAGCUUCUCUCGGGUGACCCGGAUUUGGUCGACUGUGACGAUCCGGCUACGAUUGCCAAGUUUGACCAAGACGGAAGCACUUACAUUGAAUGGAUGGACAACCCCGAUCAUCCGGGAUGCCCAAUUCAGCUCUCUACCAUGACCUUUCAGGAAGUUAUUUGGGCCAAACUGAAGAAAGAUAGAUACAGAGCCGUCAUGCCGAAGUUUUCCCCCCCGUCCGUCGACCUUGUGAGCGACCUUGCAGAACUAGGCUUGCCCACCGGGAGAGUAUACCGCGAUGUCUGGCUCCAGCGCCACGGAAUUGCCCGUGAUGGUCGCCCUAGAUUUACCGAGUUCGCAAACAAGACUGUUGAGGGUGCUAUUGUCGCUGACGCUAUUUUCCGCUUCCAUGGACAUCAUUGGUCCGAAAUUGCUCUUGCGCAGUACAGGAUGGACUUUGACAUCAACACGCUCAGGCACAUUUACUUCCAUAACGUGGUAAACACUCAGACCUAUCCCUACGUGAGACGGGUUAUUUACAAACUGCAUGAAAUCCCGUACAACUCCACUUCCAUGCCAACCGUUUGGCACUAUCGCUCCCGACGGUUUCGGGAAAUUAUUGGAACAAGACUAGGAAAGUCUGCGGCAAGUAUUGUUCUAGGUGCAUGGCCGCGAGGUACUCAUCGUAUCGAAAGAAUCCAAACUUGGGUUUCGUCUUUGGGUGACCUUAAUAUGCGAUUUGAUAUCGAGGAAAUCACCCCUUCGCCACGUUCGUCUUCAAGUGACGGUAUUCCACACGGGAGCGACAUUUCGAUUGACUGA